CCCUAUGAAGCCAUGGAAACCAUGGAAGCGAUGGCGGAUCACGAUCUCUCAGUCUUCAUGGGCCGCAUGGACAAGUUGUGCCAACGGCUGAGUGACUGGAAGUCGGCAACGCCUCAGAGAUCUCAGAGCCGGAGCACCUCACAGAGUUUGGCAAAUCGCUCAAGACAGCUCAGCAGUCAGUUGAGACAGCUCGAGGGUCAGGGCCUGGCUCGCAGCUUUGUGAAAUUGCGGCAACAGACCGAGACGCCCAGCAGUGGAAGUCGCCUUUGGAACAACAGUGGAUCCCAGGAAGGGACGAAGGCCCGCGUGGAGAGAGCUGAGAGUCCCAUUUUGAAGCUGUCUACCAGGGGCAGUCCGCCUGCAUCUCGGUCCCCCAGCAAGGCGUUGGUGAGCAUUCUGCCAUACUCAGCCAAGGAUUGGCUGAAUGAUGAAGCAAAGGUCUCCCAGGUCUCCCAGGUCUCCCAGGUCUCCCAGACUGAAAGGACAUUUGAAGCUCCUCAGCCACCUGAGUUGGCCAAAAAUGAAUGGCAACGAAGCCGAAAUAAAUUGAUUGAUGGAAGUCCUUCCAGACGCAGACGCGUUGAGAGCAAGAGUCCCAAGCGGACCAAUCCUUCGCUGAGUCCUUCCAGCCGAAGAUCUAACAGAUCUAGGGACGCCCUUUCCCCUGAGAAUAGCCCCUUCCAAAUGGACGGGCCGUCGGAGGUGAGAUUUUCUGAAACUUUGAAGAAUCCAAGUGAAGACACGAAAGGAUUUGAAGAUUCACAGGUGAUCUCUUCCUUUGAGUCUCGGAUACAAGCACUGCAACAAAAAGCCCGUGGUUUGCCAAGGCCACACAUGGAGAGCAGCUGGCCACGCAGAGACCCAUCCAAAGGUGGUGGAAGUCUCAUUGUCCAGGAUUUUCAGGAGCAGGCCCCUGGCUACAACGGCUAUGAAAGUCCUUCAACCGAGCUAUCGCACUGGAGAAGUCAAGUCAGGAAUUCACCAGACACCGGACGUUCUCAACGCUCAGAUGAGACCUUGGCCAGCCGCGUAAGUAACCUGGAAGACUCCUUUGCACGCAUCGAGUUCAUGCUUCAGCAAGUUCUUGGCAUAGCAGGCUCUCAGAUGCAAAUGCCAAGGGUGAACAGCAGGUCUCUCCAAUCCCGAGUUGACACCUGGCCCAUUGGACCAUUGCGGGCUCCAGGCCUUGGAGGCGGCUGUGAAGUUGUUCACGACGAGGCAGCUGAAACACGGAAAGGAUUCUUCAAGUGGCCCAUGGACAUAGCCGAAGCCACGGAACUUGCUCGUUUGAGGCAAGCAAAGGCAGCUUCGCGCAGUGCAUGAGCAUGUAGAAGCUCUCUGCAUCCAGUUUCUUUUAUCGGAUAAUGUUGGAGUUUUGGUGGCUCUUGUUGCCAUCGCACAUAAGUUCACUCGUGCGAGGGGAAAAAA